AUGAAUAAGGUAAAAAAUGUGGGUGCUAAUUUUUUUGGAAAGGAUCAGUCGCUUAAUGCGUUCCCGGCAUUAGGGAGAUUAUGUUUUGAUGACAUGCCAGAAUGGGAGGAAUGGGAUCCUUAUGAAGUUGAUGAAAAUGUAAGGAGUUUCCAACACCUCCAUGAGCUCAUCAUUUCAAAUUGCCUCAAGUUGUUAGGAAGUUUACCUAAUCGUCUUCCUUCCUUGACUAAGCUAGAGAUUAAAUUGUGUCAACAACUGAGAAGUCUACCUAGUUGUCUUCCUUUAUUGGAGAAACUUGUGAUUCAAAAAUGUGAGCAGUUGGUGGUUUCACUCUCAAGCCUUCCAAAGUUGUCUGACUUAAAAAUUGAUGGGUGCAAAGAGGUGGUGUCUACAAAUUGUACCAAUUCUGGCUCAUUCAUGGAAACAGUCUCUCUUUCAAACGUUUCAAAAUUCACUUCUCCAAUGGAGGGGAUGAUGUUAGGGUUGAUAAAAGUAGAACAUCUUUUUAUACGUGGAUAUGAGGAACUAAUUUCUUCAUGGCUGAACAACGAAGGACUCUCAACAUAUUUGAGGCCUCUUCGCUUUUUGGAAAUUCACAAUUGUUCAAGACUUGUUUCCAUAGGUGCAGAGGACGAAAAGGAAGAGCAUAUGCAAUUAGGAAUCCCUCGCCAUAUUGAACAUUUGACCAUACAAUAUUGUGAAAUGCUAGAAAGGCUAUCAGAAAGCAUAAAUAGCUGCAGAUCCCUGACGGUGCUACGAAUUGAAGGAUGCCCAAGAUUGAUUUCAAUUUCAAAUGGAAACUUGCCUCCAAAUGUAAGACGUUUAACUAUCACGCUGUAUGAGAAUUUUCUGUACUUGCUGGAUGGAGUAAAUAACAACAUCAACAGCACGCGUCUUCUAGAGCACUUGGUAAUUGGAGGUUGUAAGUCUCUGAUAUCUUUAUCCUCAAGGGGCGAGUUACCUAUUAGUCUUCAACAUGUUGACAUUUAUUCUUGUGAAAAGUUGACAUUCUUGUCAGCCAAUGGCAAGUUACCUAUGGGGCUUAAAUACCUCCGGAUUAAUUAUUGCCCAGCACUAGAGUCCAUACCUCAAGAUAUUGAAGAGAACUCUUCCCUUGAAUUGAUAACUAUCGACGGUUGCGAUAAUUUGAAUUCUUUGCCUCGUGGAUUAAACAAGCUCAUCCAUCUUGGGGAGAUUCCUAUUGGGCGUUGUUCAAGUUUGAUUUCAUUCCCAGGAAGUGUGUUAUUAACCACCAAACUCAGAAAGCUUCACCUUUCCGGGUGUGAAAAACUCCAGGCCUUACCCAACUGCAUCCACAACAUCGUCUCUAUGCGAGAAUUGUUCAUAUUUGAUUGUCCAAGUGUGAUAUCAUUUCCAAAAGAGGGGUUCCCUCUGUUGGGAAUAAUGACUCAAAUCCCAUAA